AUGGCGACAAAAGCGCGCAAAACAUGGUCAGCCGCCAACGACCAACAACUGCUCGUGGCUAUCGUCAACACUCUCCCGCCUGGAGUUCUCGAUUAUGAAAAAAUAGCCCAGUAUCUCGGCGAUGAUUUGACCGGCAACGCCAUACACCAUCGCAUCAGAAGGCUGAAGGGGAUGGUUUCUCAGUCUGAAAACUCUCCAGGAGCCAGCAGCCCGUCUCCUAAAAAGCAAGCUGCGUCCCAAGCUCAAACCGACUCGCCCAAGAAACGCAAGCUCGGCUAG